AUGGCUCCCCCCACAACCACGAAGCAACUGCAUGAGCGACUGAACCAGGAUAUCUCUCAGCUCGUUCAGCGAUUUGAGAAUAUCUUGGCUCUGGCUCCGGCCGAGAACACCAGCCACACAGCUACAGCCGUGGAGGAGAACCAGAUGGAGGUGGAGUCCACUGCCUUGGUCCGUGCUGCUGAGGAUCUGCUCAGCAUGACUCGAACCAUGAAGGAAAUGUGGUACUUUGGCAACCUCGACACGCUGGGUGAGAACGAGCACGACCGCGAGCGCAACAAGAAGCUCGAGGAGGAUGUCCGUGCGGUUGAGACGGCCGUCGAUGAUGGCGUGCUGUCGAAGCUCGUUCCCGAGGAAAAGACGAAAGAAAAGAAAUGA